GACCCGUACUCUUCACGCCUUCGAUUCUCGUGCUUGUCCUCGGGCCUGGUGCCCCUGGGGCUCUCCAACAACACCUUGUUUCCACCUGGCUCCCGCUGCCCACACUGUCACCCACUUCGAUCCUAGAAUGAACCCGCACGCGCUCAUUGGAGCAGUUUUAAAUGUUUUGCAUUCGACCAAAAAAGUCAUCGUCUGCCAAAAUAGACGCCAUGAAUUCAUUAGCACGAUUUGCCCAAACAGAGCUGCAAUAGGAAACCCUGUUAUUAUUUUUCAACACAUCUCACACCAGAAGCAAGGGCUUCACAGUUUUACCAGCAACUGCAACUGAACUUAGCUCUCCCGGUGCGGGAGAAUUCGUUUGUUGGGAGGGAUUUGAUGAGAAUGGAGCACGUUUGCGACACUCUUCCUCAAGCAGGUGGCAACAAGGUAACCCCGGCCUUGUUCCCAGUUUUCCUUGCUGUCCUCGAACCCGUGUUAUUGCGCCAGGUAGUAGCUGUGAAUCGGCACAGUUAUGCUCGCCUCCAGAUCCCUUCAGACCUGAGCACUGUGUGCUUCAUGCUCACACUGCGUUCCGGGAAGCGCUCUGUGUUCUGUGACAGUCUUGUGUCUGUCAGGUAUAAGUCUGCUCUGUGCUCAGUCUUCUUGCACCUCUUCUGUAGGACACUUGCAGUGCAGAUCGAUUUACAGGAAAGGGCUUGUGCCACCUUCUUUAACUGCAUCACUGUAAAAUGUAAAAAUCACAGAAUAGAAAUGACCAGUGGUGUGUCAGAGGUUCCCACAGGAAAAAGCAACUUUCCAGAUUUCCAGGGAAAAAUACUGUACAGUUUCAGGAACUCGUUGUCUAUGAGCCUCACACUUGCACUAAUUGACGUAUAAAAAUCAAUUAAAUUGCUCAGCGCUCCCUUCAUUUUAUUAGCAUAUUUAUAGUUAGGAAAUAUAUGAAAAUGAGACCAGAGUUAAUUAGAAGAAAAUGCAAGAACUGGAAGAUUAGAUAACAGUGUGAUCUUGAAGUGCAUUUUUACCCCAGCUUGCAGCUAAAGUAGAAGCAAUCUUAUGAAGUAAGAAUGUCACCUGGAUUCUCCUUGUUUACUGUAUGUCAGUCUUUCUUCUCAGAGUUUUAAGACACCGAUGGCAGUUCUUGUUAAGCAUAUGUACCGUACUGUACCUGGUGCAGUUUUGUGGCUUUUUAUUCAUGUAUUGCUCUUAGUCUAACACUGUGCACCCUCAUUCUGUUGUUCUACACUUGUCAGUGUAGUUUUUAUAGUGGCAUCGCAUUCUUAUGUACAACCCAGCUAGAUAAAGCACCUUACAGUACAGUCUUGUUGUUUUUAGCCCAUGACAAACUCUUACUCCUUUUUUAUUCUGUCACUGCACUGCUGUAGGGUGUUGGUGUGAAAAAGGAUUUUCCGACUCUGGUCCUGGUCUAGGGCGGGGGGGAAUGGGACAGUGUAGCUGCAGGUUUUCAAUCCAGCUGGGCUCUUAACGACCUGAGUAAUGACCUGGCUUAGUUAGACCAAAAGCAGCAGCCUCACUGGCACUCCAGGAGCACGAUUGGAAACCCAUGGUGUAAAACUACAGUUUUGCAGCACGGCCCCCCCAGCAGAAAACCGGUGUCCUUCGAGCACAUCAGUGUCGAGAUGUGCUAUUGCACUUUCGAAACUCGUGAGGCUUGUCAGCUGCACGUUCGCUCUCGGCCUGAUAAGCCUGUACCAAGUACAAAGGAUCCGUUGUUCGAGAGGAUUUAUAGAAGUCAGAGUCUCGCUGUUACUUUAACAUCGGCUACUGUACACCGACUCUGGUGCCCUGGCUCCGGGUCUGGCGCGAGGAGUUCGGUUUGCUUCAUGGCGGGCCCGGGGCAGGAAUCCCAAGUUUCAUUCUUGCAAAUUUCGUUAUUUCAUCCGUGCUAAGGAACCACCUGUUUAAUGAAAAUUUCCCGAGGAAGCCAGACCGCAUGCAGAAGUGGGUGCCCCCAUCUGAAAAUCUGUAGCAAGUGCACAAAGUAUUUUUAAAGCAUAGCAAUACAGUACAACUCGCUUGCCAUGUGUGUUUUAUUUCAAAAUUUGAGAUUAGUGUAAACCUGUUUAAAGAAGCUUUGUGGUAUGUCUGAAUAUUAUUCCUCCAUUGGCUGGAGAGCUUAAUGUGUAAGAAAAACAGGAAAAUCACGUUGCUUUUCUGGGCAUUCUCUCCAGACAGAAUGUAGAAUCACCACAGAAUGACAGAGGCUGGACAGCGCUUUAUCAAUGUAACUGCGGCUUGUAGCUUUACAGUAAAUAACUGCACAUUCUGUACUGUAUUUCCUGCCUGUGUAAAUAGCUGGGUACGUCCUAUGCAGUAUUUAAAAUACUGCUGCACCUCAGGCAGUCGGAAGCAGUCUGUCCGCACAGAGCAAUGAUGAACUUCCAUGGCAAUGAUGUCGCCCUGAUUAAAACACAACCGUCCAAUGAGUUCUGAGCUAGUACCACUCUGCUCCGGCUGCCUGCAUCUUUGACAGAGGUUUAAGUGCAGUUUGAUUGUCUUUUCUGCUGCUGCUGUCCUUUCAGUUUUCCCUCCUAGUAGUCCCCUUGGAUAUAUUGUGAUGAAGGCAGGGUAAAUGCAAAAAGGGUUAAAAGGGUUAAAAGACACGAAGAGGUUUGUCUAGAACAAUGUCUACAGGAAGGAAAAUGCGUGAACAAACUCAUGGGAGAACAAGUACCACAAGUGCCCACUGUAAGGACUCUCCUCGGGAGAUGAGUUGUUAUUUUUUAGGGUUUGUGUCAAAAAUGGUAUGAAUAUAGUACAACAAUAAAUUAGGCUACCUCUGAGCUGAAUAUGAACAGAACUAGUGCCCUGGAAAAUUCUCAGUGUCAUAGAAAUCACCUACAGUGAAAAAAUUGUUUAUUUUUGUAGUCCCUUCUUCCUCAUAUCCCUUGUUUAAUUCAGCCAUUUGAUUUGACGGUCUUAUUUCGUAACACUCCAUCAAAUUAUUUUGUUUAAAGGCAACGGGGAGUUGUCUAGAUACUGCUGGUCUAGUGUUAACCGGAGUCUGGGAACCGGAGUCUUGCUCUGAUGAAAUCCAGUGGUGCUGUUCAGGGGCAUUGACAUGACCUUGACAACUCACUGCGAUUUUUUUCCUGAAACGGGCGGAGGCUAUAAUUCAAAAGCUCUCCAGCAAAAGAUGGGUUUUAUUGCAAAUGUCUUAUUUUUUGUAGACCUGAUGUUGCAGGUGACAGCAUCUCCACCUGCCUUCAAGUGAAAUCACCGAUUUCCUUUGGUCCUUUUUGUGUUUCUGUGGGAGGCCCAUGUUCAUUCGAAUCGGUCUCCUUGCACAUUUGCCUUUCCUUUGAAGUUUAAAAAAAAACAUGAAACAGUGUUGGAAAUUGUGGCCUGGUAUGCCAGCUAUCCUAUACUAUGCCAACACGGUGUUUUUGUUCCAUGCUUAGUGUGUAGCUGUGCUCUGUUUCUCCACUUUGAGGACCCGGUGUCAGGAGUGAGAAAGUUUUGUAAUAGCGCCGGGAGAGGCUUCGUGCCGUGGAAGCUGUGCUGCUCUCACUUUUUUGGAACGGAAACAGAUCUGGGCGAGAGGGGAAUGUUUCGCAGAGGCCAGUGAAUCACCGCAGUGGCAUGAGUCAGGCUGUGCCUGCGUUCCUCCUCCCCACAUUCCCGGAGAGAGGUCAUUCACCCCUCUGGCAGCGAGAGGGAGGAGGGGGGGGGGUGUUCACUCUGAGCCCUGCUUGCAGGGGAAAGGUCUGUCACACAGGAGCAUCCCGAAACACAAGGAGAUUCACUUCGGCAGCAGCUGCCAUCACCCGUGGCUGCGCACUUAGCGGGGUGUAUACCGUAUAUUGCCUGGGAGUCUGACGAUCUCAGCGCAGCGCUUUAUUGUAAAACCGAAGGACCCAUUUUUAAACAGGGGUGUUUGCUGAGCCUCACAAAGGAAAAGCACGCAUUGAGUCGCAGACAAACAGUUCGACCUCAGACGGAGACUUUCGAGAACCAGGAAUAAAUGCUGAUUCUUUUUAUUCCGUUCUGUAAAAGCUUCCGAACAUGCUGUCCCUCACUCAUCGGGUCUCUCUCCGGUCCUCCGUUUGUCCUUGACCACAAUAAAAUGGUCACGGGGUGGCUGGCUGGCCUGAGUGAUGGGCACUCAAGUGAUGGGCACUUUCAGCUCCAGGACUAGUGAUUGUUCUGGCUCUGCGGCGACGGGCUCCCUUGACUGUGAAAUCUGCCGAGCCCUGAAAAGGGAGGUGAAAGUUAUAGGAACGGUGUUUGUUGUUUAAAUGUACAGUACCUCGCAGACAAGGUACACAUUUCUGUUCUCCCGUGUGCCACUGUACGUCUCUUUUCAUUUCAGGUUAGGGAGAAGUGAGAAGGGCUUGGCUGACUAAAAGCGUACAAGCGUGUAACUCAUUUCAGGGGCUUUAUUGACGCAUAGAUGUGCAGUGAAGUAAGCGCACUGCCUUGCAGGCCGCCUAUCGGGUGGGCAGGGUGGGAGAGGCAUCUGCGCUUUGUCGGGUCUCACAGCCGAUCCCUUCGGCCAAGAGCUCCGCUCUGCUGAGCGCUCGUCUCGCCCAUCUGCUUCUCAUUUAGCAGCGCAGCCCUGGAGCCGUGCCUGGAGGUGGGUGCGGGAGGUGCGUUUCUGAGUGAAACUAGAGCCCCCCCCCCCCACCGCCCUGUUUCUCCACCCAACCCAGUUUCCCUCCCUCCCUCCCUCCCUCCCACCCACGGAGCGCAGUGAAACUCCUCGGGAGCUGCUUUCUAAGGAGCUCUCGGCUGUCGGCGAGGCAGCGGUCGGGUGUGUUCUAGGAGCUUGCUGGCACCUGCAGGUCACUCCCCGGCGGGGUACCAGUCACUGCCAGCUCUCAGUGUUUGCCUUGUGGUUAACGUUUAACCCGCGCCGCCGGUGAGACUUCCUCUGUGCACCGGGCGGCGAAGCAGAGGGCUUCCCUCUUCUGACACUCUUCCAGAGCUUUCACAAGAGGACCACUGUGCCCAUAGCUUGGGGCGCCCGCGCACGUGUGUGACUUCUUUAGGGGUUUACCUUGACGUUUUUUUUAAAGCGAAAUAUCCCGAUUGCUUCGUUUCAAAGGGAUAUGUUUAUCCACUGAACCAAAGAAAGUUCUCUCUUCGUCAGCAAGCUCUCCGACAGCUGUCCGAGUCGGAGUUUGGUCGAUCCCACUGAUGCUGAAGAGAAAGAGGGGUGUCAUGACUACGGAAAAGCAUUGAAGACAUUAAAACCCAGCCAGGACAUUUCAUCCUGGUGCGUAUCUUUGGUGCACCAAGUUGUAUCGUUCCAGAUUUUCCUUUGGACUUUUAUUUGGAUCAAAACUUUGGUCACACAGUUUAACCGGACGGAUGUCCUUCACUCAUUUUGGCUUGUCCAUGUGUGGAUGAAGCAGAAGAGCAUCUGAUUGUCGAGAAAAGCUGUUAAUCUGAAGAUGAUUUCACGUCUGCAGCAUCUUGGAAAAAGCAGCAGAGACUGAGUGCUGUUUCUGCCAAACUCACUCACUGUUUUGGGUCACCAGGAUUGGCUACAGGAGGAGAGUUUUUUUUAUCAUACUCUAGAAGCUUUUGAAAAUGGUCAAUUUCCCAUCUGCGACAUCAGCUGCUUCCGUUUCUUCACUUCUGUACCACAGUCGCCCCUGCUCUCGUCUGUACUGACGUUCUCAGUUAAGCCAUCCUGUGCCACACAGCUGGACGGAAAAGCAUCUUUCCCCAAAGGCAGACCACAGCAGUUGGGUAGGAGAGGAAUCGUGCUGGGGCGAGAAGAUUUUAAUCGUGGAAAAGUUUCACAAUGCGCCCUGGGGGUUCUGUUUGCCUAGUAACUGGAUCACUGCUUUCUUAGUUAAAAAUAAAAAUAAAAACUGUAGUUAAAAAGCUACACGUUUCCAGGAACGUUCUAUUUUUGAACAUCACAGAUUACGUCUUGUUUUGCUCUUUUGUUUAGCCCCAUAAACUGUGGACUGACUUCAACAGUGGAAUAGCGAGGGGCGAUGGUGCUUAUUUAUUCCUACACAGAGAGUGGUAGCUGAUUUGUUUGCUAAUAAUUCUUCUCAGAUCUGCUGUAGCAUCGUGUGUAAAAAAGGACUCUGCUAUAACCCGAGUCUGCGUGUUUUCUGGCCGUUCUGGCAGUGUGAGCUAUUCGUUGAGGAAGUCUGGUUGCGAUUCAGGUCCAGCUGGCUUCACUCUGUUUCCCUAACGCUGCAGGGGCGUGCUGGUCACAGACUCAAGAAACAGCACGUGAGAGAGUGAAGUAAGAAAAACAGUACCUCCCAGCUUAGGGUCACUGUUACUAUAGGGCAUCAGUUAUACAGAGAACUGUGACAGCUUUAUAUCUAAGUCAUGUGCUUGAAAUCGGCUGGGUUCAGUGGCUGGAGCAUGGGGGUGAGAUGGAUUUGAAGAGUUCCAAGCUAAGGAUCGAUCACUUGGAAUGUUAAAAGAAAACUAUCAGAAGCUUCUCAGUGUGCGUCGUCCUUGCAGCCUACUGUACAUGCUUGUGAUGUGCUAGACUGACACAGACGUUCUCCUGGGUGCUGUAAAUGACUUUGGCGAUUUGAAAAAUCAGAAACGACAGCUUCCGGGGGGGUUCCGGCGCCGCCUCGCUCAGCGUGACCCUCUGGCGGAUCUGGUUCGGGCUGCGGGCGUGAUAAAAGGCUGCCCCUUCCUCCGGUAUGGAGGCUGUGCCGGACUCUGUCUCCGACUGGGAAGCACUGCUGGAGGCGGAGAAAGUCCAGAUGGGCUGGUACUGCCAGAGCUUCACCCCGACUCCAGGGGAAGAGGACGGGCCCGAUUGGGCCAACCAGGACACCCAGGGCUUGGAGGACAUCCCCGCUGUGUUGAGCCCCACAUACAAACAGCGCAAUGAAGAUUUCAGGAAGCUCUUCAAGCAACUGCCCGAUACUGAGCGGCUCAUUGUGGAUUACUCGUGUGCCCUGCAAAGGGAUAUCCUCCUUCAGGGCCGGCUCUACCUCUCCGAAAACUGGAUAUGUUUCUAUAGCAACAUCUUCAGAUGGGAAACACUGCUGACCGUCAGGCUGAAGGACAUCUGCUCCAUGACCAAGGAGAAGACCGCGCGCCUCAUUCCCAAUGCUAUCCAGGUUUGCACUGACACUGAAAAGCACUUUUUUACCUCGUUUGGAGCCCGGGACCGAACAUACAUGAUGAUGUUCCGGCUGUGGCAGAACGCGCUGCUCGACAAGCCUCUCUGUCCGAAGGAGCUGUGGCACUUUGUGCACCAGUGUUACGGGAACGAGCUGGGCCUGACCAGCGAUGACGAAGACUACGUGCCACCAGACGAUGACUUCAACACCAUGGGGUACUGCGAGGAGAUCCCGGCCGAGGAGACCGAGGGCAACGACAGCUCCUCCAAGAGCAGCAUGGAGGUCAAGCCGGAGGUCAAGCCGGAGGCCAGCCCGCUGCUCCCCAAGAAGUCGGUGACCAACAGCACGCUGACCUCCACGGGUAGCAGCGAGGCCCCCCCCUCGUUUGAUAUCCCUGUUGGAGAGGAUGACACGGACUUCUCUGACCUCCUGCUCCCCCAGCUAAACAUCGACAAGAACGAGGGCAGCGCGCCCGUCAACUCGCCCUCGCUGGACUUCAACGACAACGAGGACCUCCCCACCGAGCUGAGCGACUCCUCUGAGACACACGACGAGGGAGAGGUACAGGCCUUCUACGAGGACCUGAACGGACGGCAGUACAUCAAUGAGGUGUUCAAGUUCAGCGUCGACAAGAUGUACGACAUCCUCUUCACCGAAUCGCAAUUCAUGAGGGACUUCUUGGAGAAGAGGAGGUUCUCAGGUAACUUCCAUCUCUCUGGCAGAUUGUUAAAACAGCCUUUUGGCCAAUCAGCCCAUCACACCAAUCAGUAGGUGUUAUCAUUCACU